UGUCGCAUGCUUGUAAACAUGAGUUUUUCGUUGACGCUCUUGGUGGCUGGUUAGCGAUUUCAAUAUGAGUUCAUUAGCAUACACGUGCAUACAACGGUGCAAUAGAAGAAAGCGUGUUACUUGUUUUCUUGGUGUGAUCUUUCUGCUACUAAUGUUUUUUUUAGUGCACAAAUCGCUUACAUUUAGCCAACUAGAGUGUGAAGAACUUAGUGGAUCAUUCUCAAAUAAAGCGACUGUUACUGACACCGCAAAUGCAUGUGUUCCAAAGAAUGUUCCAGAAGCAAUCUCCAGUGUGCGAAAUUUACGCAAAAAAAGAUAUUUUAAUCCGCCGCAACCUAGAACCUCAGUGCACCCCCCUUAUGGGAAACGGCUCUGUACUCAGCAAGAUGUUCGAGAUUAUCAAUCAAAUUACGCAGCUCCAAAUGAAGCACAGCUAUCAACACAGCCAUAUCGUAAGAUAGAUCGAUCGCAAUACGAAAUAUCUUACACAAUGUCACCGUUAUAUGAGAUUUCUUCAUUUCAGAGUACUUCAUUUGGCCUUCUCUCGCUCGCCCUUGGAAUGAUGUUGGUAACAACUACGAAACUAAACAUCCUCUCUCAAAAAUGCCUGAGAGAAAUUGUUACUGUCCCUUUCCUCUACUGGCAAAGAACAAGCUAUGUUAUCAUGGUAUAACAUGUUUUCCAAAAACAACCACCUCCAUAAUAUCAACUACAACGGCCAUCAUUUCUACAUCUUCUACGAUAACAACAAUAUCUUCAACCAAUACGGAAACCACUACAACAACAACCCCAAUUACAACGACAACUACUACAACCCCAACUACAACUACUACUACAACAACUCCAACUACAACGACAACAACCACAACUCCAACUACAACGACAACUACUACAACUCCACCUACAACGACAACUACAACAACCCCAACGACAACUACUACAACCCCAACUACAACGACAACUACUACAACUCCAACUACAACGACAACUACUACAAAUCCACCUACAACGACAACAACUACAACCCCAACUACAACGACAACUACUCCCACAACAACUCCAUCCACAACGACUACAGCUAGAACUACUCCCACGACUCCCACUAGAACAACCCCCACGACUCCCACUAGAACUACACCCACGACUCCCACUAGAACUACUCCCACGACUCCCACUAGAACUACUCCCACACCGCGACGCACUAGACCACCUACACGGUAAAUCAUCGACUAGCUCAGCGGUCGGCAACUUUGCGACCGAAAGGGCUAAAUUAUAAAAAUUAAUCGUAUAGUUUCACGUGAAGAGCCAAAUUGUUACCAAGAGCAAAACUAUGUGAAAGUUCUAUGAAAUAUAUGAACAGUUCAGA